CCGUGUUUGACUCCACACCAAUUCAUAACUUAAGAAAGUUAAGCGGAUUCCACACUGAGUCUGGGACAUGUUUGUGAGACGCGUUUCGACUGCGACCGCGACCGGACUCAAUUCUACGCCGCCUCGACCACCGUGGCUCAGUCAUCGGGCAAUGCACUCUACCACGUUGACACUGCCAGAGUAACGAUAGCGCAAAAGGUGACUUGGAGUUGAGAUCUCCCAACUCAGCCUCAGAAUCGUCAACUACAAUCAUGCCGUAUAAAGGCAUCUCCCUGGCCUGGUUGUCCCUCCCAUCUAUCCCCUUCUUCCGAGGCUCCUUCCUCCCCAGCAACCUACCUGACGUCGUGUGCUUAUACCACUACCUUCUCCUUCGUUUUCCUCCAGCACAUGCCCGCAGCUCGACAAACCCUCGCUCAGCCAGUCCUGGGCUACGGCCUCGACCACUGUGCCACCCAGUUCGUUAAACAGUUCGCCGAGACGCAAAAUGAGAAACAGCCUCGGAGACGAAAAUUGACCACUAAGGAAACAGUCUACUCACGCCUUGUCCAGUCCCACAACAACGUCUUGAUCCACAAUUUUGGCCUCCAGGCACCCAACGUGCACAGAAAGACUGUCACCGACUCUGGCGACCUGCUAGCGCUCCUAUCCUUCAACAUCGCCUAUGACCACCGCGUCUUCCCUAGCGAACGCCAGAGGCUCAACGUCGCAGCUUGCUAUCUCAUCCUGAGGUUGUCGAUGGCGACAAGAAGAAACCUUGGGACGGAUCCUGGGAGGAGCUCUUCAGCUCUAAAGCCAUCCUGUCGUUACUCCAGAAACCCCCGGAAGACGAUGCAUACGCCAAGGAGCUCACGAGGUUGCUAGAACGCAAGACGACCCAUCGUAGCUGCCCUAAGGCUCUCUGCUAUGAAGAUAUCCAGUUAAUGGUAGUCCGCCACCCGGAAACGGGACUAGACACUUUGACCAUGUCGAUCAAGUUCAUUCACCAUAAAGGCGCCGAGAACAAGCCGAAGCCGUGAGAACCUCGAAGACUAAUCCCGUCUUGCAGGACCAUCUUCUUCACGCCGACCAAAAGGCUGAUCUUCUGCCUCGUCACUCUUGUCGUCAGCAUUGCGAUCCUGGACGACGCCUUCGAUUCCCCGACCCUGACCAGCGUCGAGGCCGUCUUCGGAGCCAGAAACUGUAGUCCGGUUGCGUGCACAC